AUGGCACUGCCGCCGGAGCUGCACCAGCUGAUGACGCCGCAAGAGGUGCGCCACUUCCUCGGCUCGGAGCUCGCCGAGUACGAGCUCAUCUACGUGCGCGCGGCCGGCACCAACUCUAGCAUUCACAAGCGCAACACCGACUCGCCAGAAGGACAUGUCACCCGAGAGUACGUGCGCGGUACGGGAGACUGCCACUACCUGCACGCCGGCUCCGACCUGACAGCGGCGGUCAGCUCCUGCAGUCCCGGACAGCUGCGCGGGUUCGUGUCGGACGGCCAGACCAUGCUGGACAUCGCGCCGCUCAGCCGGCGGCUCAGUCGGCUGGUGCGGGCCCGCCGGAAGCGCUCCGCUUCCGAGGACGGGCACCCGCACUUGGCCCGCCGCGUCAUGCUCGAGGACGUCUUCUCCUUCAUCAAUGGCUUUGAUAUCAGCGACGACUUUGUGUACCCCAGUUUUAUCAAUCCGAAUGCGCCUGACAUAAACAAGAACAUCGUGAAUACCGGGGAAGACGAGCUGGAGUUUAAGGGGCCACCGCCGUUCGACCGCUACAAGCGGGGCAAUAAGCGGACGCUGGAGCUGGGCCUCUACGUGGACAAGCCGGCCCGGGAGACAUUCCUUCCCUUCUUCGACAACGACCUCAGCGCGUUCGUCGACUUCAUCCUGGGCUUCAUCAACCAGAUCCAGGCGCUGUACUACCUGCCGAGCCUGGGCGUCAAGGUGGACAUCACCAUCAACUACCUGGAAAUCAUGGAGACCCAGCAGAUGCGUCACUACGGAGGGGAGCGGGGCGAGCUUCUCACCUCGUUCUGCAAAUACAAUACUCUGAUGAACGGGAAAGCCAAGGAUAAUCAGUGGGACAUGGGCCUCUACCUAUCCGGACUGAACUUUUUCGCCGUGCAGAAGGGCCGCAGGUCUCCGGUGACCAUGGGCCUGGCCGUCAUAUCGGGCGUCUGCCUCGACGAGUACUCCUGCGUCAUUGGCGAGCUCGGCACCACCAACGAGCAGGUAAACCGUCCGCGAUAA